AUGGCUGCUGCAGUGCGUCAGCUUCGGGUGCCCGAGGAUCCUGACCAGGCUCCCGCCUCGUCCAGCGACCCAGUAGUCGUCAUUGUCCCAACGCAAACCUCGCCCUCAUAUCCUCAGCGCGUGAUCGGUCGAAAAUCACCCAUCUCAGGAAUCGAGGAGUUUCGAGGGAUCCCGUAUGGGACUGUGCCGGCCAGAUGGCAGCAUGCAUUGCUCCGUGAUCGCUUACCCCAGGAUGAAUUUGAUGCCACACGAAACGGUCCUCGCUGCCCUCAGCCGCAGGACCCUAACAACACCGACGAGUAUCAAUCUCAUCUCGAGUUCCCGGCCGACGUAACAGAGUCGGAGUUCGACUGUCUCAAUCUGUUCAUAACAAGACCCAGUGCUGCGAUCCUUGCUGCAGCCGGUUUCAACGCGCAGGGAGUGAAACUGCCAGUAUAUGUGUAUAUCCAUGGAGGAGCGUAUAGCUUCGGUGCUGGAACAGACCCGAUGUGGGAUCCGGCUCGCCUCGUUAAGAAAUCGGUUGAGCUAGGCACUCCCAUGAUUGUGGCCACCAUCAACUACCGCCUCAACAUGUUUGGUUUCGCGGCUUCAUCCGAGAUCGUUCAAGCCCAACCGGAAGGUCAGAGGAAAGGGUGCAACUUCGGCCUGAGCGAUCAGCGAACCGCUAUUCGCUGGGUGCGUCAGAACAUUGGUGCUUUCGGCGGUGAUGCCACCCAGGUCACCGUCGGAGGUCAAUCAGCGGGUGGAAGCUCGUCGCAUGCCCACGUCCUCGAGGCUAUUCUUGGCAGAGGUGAGCCCUUGGUUCAGCGAGGAAUCAUUCAAUCGGGAACUCUCGGUGUGCUCGGUCCCAUUUCGAUGGAAGUCUGCAACAAGCGCUGGAGUGCUUUCUGUCAGCAUGCAGGAGCUCCCGCAGGCGAUGCUAUUUCCCGAAUGGCUUUCAUGGCAAACCUUCCGCCCGCGGAGAUUCUGCAAGCGGCUGGCAAGUUGGGUUCCAUUGUCUGUCCCUUAGUGGAAGAUGGUCUCACAAUCUCAAAAAGGCCAAAUGGUCGCUGGAAAGUACACCUUGAAGGCCCCGAGACUGAAUCUGUUACGGAAACACCGGCCUCUGGUACCGAAGUAAUUCCGGUUCUGAUCGGUGAUACCGAUGUCGAGGGUCUUUUACACAUGAACGAGGUAAAUAAGAUCAGAGAUUAUGAGCAUCUGAGCGAACAACUAUAUGCAGGGGUGGAGUCGAGGGAGUUCUUGGAACAAUUAUACCAGGCCUACGGCUUUCGGCCAGACACUUCCUCAACGGAGCUUAGAAAACGGGUGCUUCAGCUGUUGACGGAUAUACAGUUCGGAUAUCCUGUGCAAUGUGCAAGACAAGAACUGAAGGAUUGGGAGGUGCCCAUGGAAAAGCUUACAGAAAGCCCCACCGUUCCCCGUCCUACUGCGGUGCACUCGUAUCGCAUGAGUGUGGGCAACCCAUUUCCGGGACCCAGGCAAGGGAUUGCCCAGCACUGCGUCGACUUAAUAUAUAUUUUUAAUUGCUUCGCAGAUGCAAUAAGUGUUGCAGACGAGGCCCUGCCAGCCGAAGCACCGACAAACGCCGCCCUUGUCGACCGCGUUCAAGAAGAUUGGAUCCGAUUCAUCACGGCCCCAUCUCCCAAUAUCGAGACCGGUAACGCAACUGUCUAUGGCAGUGACCGAAUCACAUCAACAGUCCACAUGGAAUCAGAUCAGACUUGGACGGAUAGGUUGCACAGAUUCCAGGUUCUGGGCAGACAUUGGCGUUCCGCCCAGCAGGCCAUACAAGCCAUAACUGGUCCGAGCCAUAUUAUAUAA